ACGUUACUGAGCACAAGCACGUUACUGAACCCAAGCACAUAACUGAGCCCAAACACGUAACUGCUCACAUUACUGAGUGUUUGAAGAACCUCGGAGACGAAGGAGGUCCAGGAUGUCAUAUAGACACGGUGCCGCGGGCAACGAACACAACUACACAACGUUAUUAUAACAAUUCCAUGCAAUGAAGAAAUUAAGGGAACCGCAUGAAACGUUGGCAGGAAAAUGUAAACAUUGUAGGAGCAGUGUGGGAGCCUGAGUGAGAUCCCGUUUUCUCGUGUGGUGUCAUCAACAGAAUUUUUGAAACCUCUAGGAUAAGUUCAAUGCUAAACUCCCCUCAGAGGACUGGACAAAUAAGCUAACCAACGCUCGGGGCAAAAACUAUUAGUGGUGAAUAUUUGUCGUGUGUCGGACAGCUGUUGAUAUAUUGACAAAUAAUGCAUUAGGACCUUUUUCCAGCGAGGCGCUUAGGGUAAGCGUGGCUUAAGAGGAACGCUGGAAUGUGACUAACCGUUGAGUGACCUGCCCUGAAGAUGGCGUGGGCGACACAAGAGAGUGGAGGCCUAGUGGUGACCUCCAGCCUCCCACUCAUCUCUCCCACCACCUCCGUCACCAUACCCGACCUCGAUACCGUGUUGGAGAACUCCAGUUACACGGAUAACUGGCAAAACUGCACAGAGCCUCUGGGACACGUUGACUUUACGGACAUAGGAAUGUUAUCGUCGCUGACCAUCCUGGUGCUCGUCAACGCUCUGGUUGUGGCCGGGAACUGCCUGGUGAUUCUAGCGGUGUUCCUGUCCAGCAAGCUCCGCACAGUUACUAAUCUCUUCAUCGUCUCCCUGGCCGUGGCUGACCUCCUGCUGGGGAUGGCUGUGCUGCCCUUCAGCGUGACGGUGGAGGUCUUCGACACCUGGCUCUUCGGCGAGCUCUGGUGCUCCGUCUGGCUGGCUGUGGACGUGUGGAUGUCCACGGCCUCCAUCCUCAAUCUCUGUGCCAUCAGCCUCGACCGGUACGUGGCGGUGACGCGGCCCGUGUCCUACCCAUCGCUGAUGACGUCGUCCAGGGCUAAGCUGCUCAUCGCCUCGGUCUGGAUCACUUCCUUCGCCAUUUGCUUCCCUCCGCUCGUCGGGUGGAACGACCGACACAAGAACCUUGUGUCGGCGUCUUCGGCGGCGUCCGACACAGGCCUGGACGACGCUGUGUCAUGCCACCUCUCCUGUGAGCUGACCAAUGACACCGGAUACGUGGUUUACUCAGCCCUCGGUUCUUUCUUCAUCCCAAUGCUUGUGAUGCUCUUCUUCUACUGGAAGAUCUACUGCGCCGCCGCGGAGACCACGCGGGCUAUCAACCAGGGCUUCAGAACCACUAAGAGCAAGAGAAUCCUCGGUAGCCGCUUCCAGGAGGAGCGGCUGACCUUGCGCAUCCAUCGCGGCCGUAAUUCAGUCCAGGAACACCGUAGCAGCUCAGAGGAUCGGCGGCACAACGGCCAGAGCAACAACCACCACAGAAAAAACAGCCAGAAAGGUAAAGUAAGCAGCAUCAAGAUGAAGAACCUCAGACCUCAACUGAUCAUGAAGUCCAGCAUCUCUCUCCCGCCGGAUAUGAAGUACGACGGCAACAACUUCGCUUUGUCAGAGCGGUGUGACUUGUGCAACGCCCAGUGUUCCAGGGACCACACCAACGUUGACCUCCUCUCCGUCAGCCGGAACGACACCAGCAAGACGGACUCUUGCUUCACCGUCGACACUAACUUCUCCGAGAUAGACUCGACGUCUCAAAGACACCACCCGGGCAACCUGACCCCCACUUCCGACUGUGGGCCUUCCACGCCCUCAAGCCUCAAGACUAGGAGGUUCCACAGUCCAGAAGGAGAGACCCGGAGGUAUCCGAGUCAGGAUGGCGAGACUCAUCAUCCAGGACCUGUGAGAGGCCGGAGCACCGCCACCUCCAGGAUGGGGCGACGGAACAUUAAAGUACAAGUGAAAAGGUUCCGCAUGGAAACCAAAGCGGCCAAGACUCUGGGGAUCAUCGUCGGGGUCUUCAUCCUCUGUUGGUUACCCUUCUUCACCAUGUACUUGGUGAGGGGGUUCUGUCCCACCUGCAUCCCUCCUCUCCUCUUCUCCGUCUUCUUCUGGCUGGGCUACUGCAACUCUGCCAUCAAUCCCUGCAUAUACGCACUCUUUAGCAAAGAUUUCCGAUUCGCGUUCCAGAAUAUCUUGUGCAAGUGUGUUUGCACGAGGGAGGUGAGGAAAGCCCUGCCCGCCCACCACCAUGCUAUAUACAUUCCCUCAUACGACAGAGACAAUGAAAGUGACGAGGAGGAACAUAAGAGGUAGCUCAAGUAGCUGCUCACUUUCUUCAUAUUCAGAAAACAUUUUACCUGGAGUAUUCCAGUUCUGGACUUUAAAAAAAAAAGUGACUUUGACUCCUGAGAAACAGAUACUAAAGCCACUACCGCGGGAACAGUGUGACCCCUGGUGGUCGACCCUUACAGUAUAGUGAUAUUUGGAUUUGCUGUCUGACGACCCAAUUGGGAGGCUGCCUCCCUGACGAGGUGACACGUCGACCUCACCUCACCUCACCUCUUGCGGGCACUGCCAACUCCUCUUCCUCACUGCUGUCAAACCACAUGGUUACAUAAACUCUAUAUUGGCAACCAACCAAACAUUUCAAAUGACAGUUUGGCCAGUCAUUCAUUCAUGUUUGUAUAUUUUUACUCAUUGUUUAACCUUCAAAUAUCCUUUGCCAGAUAAUAUCUAUAUAUCACAUUCAUUCAUAUUUGUAAAUAAAUAAAUAAUACACGUGGUUAUCUGCCAAUCAUCUUUUAUAAUAUCUAUCAAUCUAUCAACGUAUCCAUUCUCCGGGCAUCCUUCAUGGCAUGGGGCCAAGUGCCCACUGUUACAUGGGCAGCUCACCACACAGACUAAGACGUCGCCAUGAUAAAGUAGAUGACUCUGAGAUGUGACAUUGAUCUGUUUGUUUGACGUAUUCGACAUUUGACAUACACACGACAUAUGAUGUGUGUAUGACGCGUGUAUGUAGUGUGAAAGGUGACGCAGGUAGAAGUGUGUGUGUACUCACCUAUUUGUGCUUGCGGGGGUUGAGCUUUGGCUCUUUGGUCCCGCCUGGGUAAGGUUAGAGUCAGGUCCGUCCCUGCCCUGACCGGCAGGGACGGUCAGGGCAGGGUAAACACACCUAUAUUCAGUUUUAUGUAGGUGUGUUUGACCCUAUAUGGUUUAUGUGGCGUGGGGAGUGUGACGUAGGGAGUGUGACGUGGGGGUGCUGAGUGUGGCGUGGGUAUAUAACACAGACGUAACACCUUUCAGGCGCCCUGAGCCUCUAGCAGGAAUUAAUAGAGCAGCCAGGCAGAGGAAGAGGUCGACGUGUUGACGCUAAAGUGAGCGAGAGGUCGACGUGUUGACGCUAAAGUGAGCGAGAGGUCGACGUGUUGACGCUAAAGUGAGCGAGAGGUCGACGUGUUGACGCUAAAGUGAGCGAGAGGUCGACGUGUUGACGCUAAAGUGAGCGAGAGGUCGACGUGUUGACGCUACGUCGACACUGCCAGAGGAACGUGAUAAAACAAAACACUAGAGAACACCAAAAUGCGACGUUACAAGCACAACAAAACAACACACAAAGUUGAACACGAGUGAGAAUGUGACGUACAGAAUGCAAUGCAAAAUAAAACACAAAAAAAACAUGAAAUCAAUAUUGCAAAGAAAAUGAACUUAAACGAAAGACAAAAAUAAAAAACAUUCUUGCUCUCGAAUCUUCUGGGCUUCAAGAGUAUUACCAAAUGUUUCCUAGUCAAAUGCAUAUUAUGUUUACAAACUUCUAUGCCAAAAGGGUAAUGAAUUUGUAAGCUGUGUACCUUAAGAGUGCGCGAGUUAUUGGAAAAAAACAGUAAAAAAAAGACGUUGAUUACAAGAAACAGAGAAGUGAGAGUUGAGAAAGCCGGAAAUAGUUUGAAAAGUCAAGAGAUCUUAAUGAGAAACAAUGAGUAAAUUAUGAGAAAAAUAUAAUCAGUAAGUGUUCAUCACAGAGCAUACACACGUGUGAUAUGUAAACAUUAACACCUGUCUGGCCUUAUUACAGACAGGUGUGUGACGCAGUGUGCAAUGCAAUAACUCCUUACAGGGCGAUACAGGUGUGAGAUUGGUUUUUUAUAAAGUAAUGAAUUAAAACAUGGCUACACACCAGGGCAAACUGGUCUGAAGCGCAAGUGACACUCCUAGUCAUGUGUUCAUGACUCACACUCCAGAAUUGACGAAACAAAUAUAAAACAAACAAAAUAUAUAUAUAUAGAUGUAUAUAGAAAAAAAAAUCAAAUUAAUAUUAAAUGGGUAAAAUAUUCACAAAAAGCAAUUCACAAAUGUAGCCGAAAAUACCUGGUAUGGUAUAUGUGUGUGUGUGUUAAACUGUGAAAAAACUAUUAUAUAU